AUGCCAAGAGCAUUAUCAGAGAGUGAACUGCAGGAGGAACUAAAAAAGAGACGUAAUAAAAAAUUAAUGAUAAGAAUUAAUCACAAAUGUAGAACUAACGAGAAAGCAAUAAAAACUGUGGAAGAAAAAUUAGAAAUUAAAGUGGAUUGGAAUACGGUAGGAAGAAGUGAGCAGGGUACAAUAAGUUUAAAAUUUAAAAAUAUGGAGGAAAAGAAAAAUAUCGUAACGAAAAAAUGGAAACUGAAGGGAACAGAAAUAUACAUAGAUGAUGAAAUGACGGAAAGAGAGAGAGAGAAAAAGAAUAAAAACAAAAAUAGUGCUGAAAAAGAAAAACCGAGUAAAGUGAUGUGUUGGAACAUCGCGGGUAUAAAAGAAUACAGUGAGCUUAAUAAAUUGGUGGAAAAUUAUGACGUAGUAUCCCUGAUUGAGACUUGGGUUGAAGAAAAAGACAAAGAGAAGGUGAUAAAAAAUUUGAGUAGUGAAUUAAAAUGGUGGUGUAAACCAGCAGAGAGAAAAGAAAGUUGUACAAGAGGAAGAGCGAGCAGUGGGCAUUUAAUAGGAGUUAAAAAAGUUUAUGAAAAAGACUGGGAAAUUAAGGAAUGGAAAUUCGGUUUUACAAUAAGAAAUGACUGUAGGAGUGAAUUAAUAGUGACAGUUUAUAAUAAUGUAGGAAUAAAGAAAAUAAAAAAUGUAAUGAAAAAAUAUGAAUGUGAGUAUGAAAAUAUUAUAGUAAUAGGAGAUAUGAAUGCAAGAAUAGGUGAAUGCAUGGUGCCUGGGUUAAGUGAGGAUAAUAAUAAAAAAAGAAAAUCAAAAGACAAAGUAAUAAAUGCGGAGGGCAAAAAGUUAUUAAAAUUGUGUGAUGAUCUCGGGUUAAAAAUAUUAAAUGGAGCAACAAUGGGUGACAGAGCAGGUGAAAUGACUUUUAUAGGUGGAAAAAAUGAAGAUUGCUGCUCAGUGUUAGAUCUUGCAUUACAACUAGAUAGAGGAGAUGAAGUAAACAUAAUGGAGUUUAGAGUAUUAAAGAGAAUAGAGUCGGACCACCUACCAAUACAUAUUAUUACAAGAAGAAAUAGUGUGGGAGUAAUUGAAAAAGACAAGAAAAGUGUAAACAUAAAAAAGGGUUAA